AUGAACGAAAUUCAUUUAGCCACGAAUUCGAUAUCAAGCAAAGCUACGAGUGAUACCGAAGAUGAAAUUUUUAUUAUUGACGAGGGAGUGGGUCUAACUCCACACACAUUUGAAUAUAAACCUCAAUUAGCUAGUAGUCCCGAAAAGAAGGGUCGUGGGAGACCGAAGAAAUUAACCCAGACUUUCUUUUUUGAUCGCCCAGUUACUUCCUCGUUCCCUAAAAAUGGCGAAUCGGUACUAAGGAAGAGAGGACGCCCACGGAAAGAGAACCCUAUACCAACUAAUUCAGCAAUCCCUUUGCUUGUGGCUUCUUCACCUUCACUAUCCGAUGAUGGAGCCGAAAAUACUAGUGAUGAAAGUAGCGAUACCUCUUAUACUCCUACAAACAAUACUCUCGUUGCCACAAUUCCUAAACGUCGAGGACGUCCCCCUAAAAGAACUCAUAUAGAGGAUUUAAAUGAACCCGAAGACCAUUCCGUACCUGCGAAAAAAAAUCCUCAGGUUUUGGCUGAUGUUCUCAAUGUUACAACCGAUGGACAUGAUUCAAGUGUCAAAAAAAAACGUGGCCGGCCAAAAAAAAUUCUCAACAAUAAUUCAAAACUUGUUGUUACUUUAGGUAAAAAGAAGGGUAAACGUGGUAGGCCUAGACUGCAUGACUUAGCCAGACCAGUUACGAAACACCAGAGAAGUUCAGAAAGAGUUAGACGAUCAGCAAGGGUACUCAGUCCUGAGUUCAACAGCCCUCACAUAUUGAAACCCAAAACAACAAUGGUAUUGCCCUUAGAUAUUCCUGUCAGCCAAAUUGAUCCCAAUUUCUCCAAAGAAGAAGCUUUAUCCGACCUAACCGCUUUAUACAACACCGUUCCCGAUGGUAUGACGUAUCUAUUCCAUGCUCAAGUUAAAGGGUUUAUAAUUACAUUAAAAGAAAUUAUGCCAAAUUUCAAUCGGGACUCCUCACCUAGAAUAUGA